ACCAUGGAGCCUAAAACACAGAUUUCUUGCGAAACAGGGGGCUGUUCGGUGGAAACUGGACACAUUUUUAUCCCACUCAUUUGGUGUUUGGCUGCUGCUCAUGACAUGUACUCUGGUGUUCUGUGAUAUGGAAUUCCUGGAGAGAACGCAGGGUGACUCUAUAGAGUUCUACUGUAUCGCUGAGUUCAAUGCCUCCAAGCCCAUUGGGUUCUACCUGAAACGCAAGUGGCUGCAGCCCAACAGAGAGGUCCUGUUCAUGUUUACUGAACAAAACCCUGUGUUUCACCCUGACGUCAAAGAGCGUAUCCAUGCCACGGGAGACCCGAGUACUCACCGGAUCAAAGUGACCCUCAGCCAGCUGAAGGGAACAGACACAGACCUCUACUACUGUGAGUUUGUCUUCCCCGAUGCCUCUAGCUUAGAUCAAAAGAUUCCAAGCAAGAUGGAGUUCUUUCUGUACGUCGUCGAUGCUGAAGAUGUCCCAGACAGCAAGAUGGAUGUAGGCCUAAUAGAGACGUGCGCCGGGGGGUCAGCUGUCCUCCCCUGCCUCGCCCCCUACGGUUCUCCCUCGGCCAUGGAAGGGGUAUGCCUGAAGAGGCGGUGGGGCCGGGCUCCAGUGGAGGUGCUGUUCCACUCAAAGCGCCCCUUUUCCUCCGCAUCGUUCCCCCCAGAAGAGAGGCUUCACCUGGGCACGGGGCUGGGCGGCCUGGCCUACAACCUCACCCUGCUAAAGAUGCAGCCGGAAGAGAGCGCCUUUUACAGCUGUGAGCUGCUGCUCCCCGGCAGGCCCGACAACAGUGCCAGGCUAGGGAGACACGUGUACUUUGUGUCUGUGCAAGAUGUUACUUGUAGCUGUGCUGGUUAUGCUCCACUGCUCUAUGCCCUUUCUGCUGCUGUGGGGCUGCUACUCAUCUUCCUUAUGGCCCUGGGAGUGGCUCAUUAUGGUAAGACCCGAGGCGACCGUGUCAAACCGCAGCCCCACCAGGUCUCCAUCUACGAGGAGAUGGUCGGGGUGCGGCCCCCCAACCGGAAUGGAAAAGUGUCCCCCUCUUACCACCCGAGGCCCCCCUUUCAUCUGGAGGAAAAGGAUGCUUCCGCCUAUGACACCCCUCCUCUGAGGUCUCGACAGGAAAACCACUAUGAGAGGCCUGAAGGGGUACCGCUAGUAUCUGAAACUGUUGGGGAGAUGUGAGGAACAAGGUCGGCCCAAUCUCGCCAACACUGUGUUUAACUAUUCAUUCAUAAACUGGAGUCUGAACUAUAACUACAACUUAUUCACAUAACUUUCAAUUUGGACAACCAACAUCCACCUUAGCCCACCUAACUUAGUUUGUUGUACUGUAAAUGCUGGCAGCUGAAUGUUGUAGCUUUGCUUUUUUUAAAGGAAUGGUAUUCCAUUUUAUUUUUUUUAUAAACAAGAAAGUGUAA